UCUGCAGGGACUGAUGAAGGACCAGGAUGGCUGGGCUCUCUGACAUCUUCUUAUAGGCAGACCCAGAGCUGCAGGAAGAGAGAGGCUCUGGUGAUGGGCACCACACAGAAACCUGCAAUAUGCACACACAGAGCUCCAUCCGACACCAUGGCACCGUCCAGGAAGAAAACAGCCAAUGGAACCAGCAAAAACAAUGUGAAAAAGAAAAAGCUUGCUGCGUUUUUAAAGGACUUUGAUCGUGAAGUCCAAACUAGAAUUGAUCAGCUACAAACAAAUGGGCAAAAUCUUCUCAAGGAAUUGGAUAAUCUUUAUAACAUAGAAAACCUCCGACUUCCUCUAGCACUGAGAGAGAUGAACUGGCUUGACUACUUUGCUAAAGGAGGAAGUAAAAAGGCCCUAGAAGAAGCAGCAACGGCAGAUUUGGAGCUAUCAGAAAUAAACAAACUUACGGCAGAAGUUAUCCAGACGCCUUUCAGAAUUGUCAAGAAAGCUAAAAAAUCCAAACAGGAUAUCGAUGCUAUUGAAGAAGAAACAGAACUUAGUUUGCUCCCUGUAGCAAAGAAGAGGAAACAGGAUAGCAAAGCCCUUGAAGAAUCAGAACCAGAACAUGAAAAUGUUAAUCCCAAAACAGGGAAGGUGAAGACAUCAACCAAAAAAGUGCCAGUUUCGAAGAGCAGAAGAGCUCCAUCAGCGAGAGUGAAACGCAUUAGUAAAAGGUCAAGCAAAAAUAACUGUGUCACUCCAGCCCUUGGCCAAGUCGCUGGUGCCCGCACAUGGGGAAGGACCUCCACUGUCACCCCUAAAUUUGAUUCCAGGGUUUUCAAGACACCAGGUCUACGCACGCCUGCCGCACAUGAGCAUGUUUACAUCGUCUCUGCAAACGGCAGCCCUCUUGCUAACAGCAACGAUGUCAUCAUUACGGUCCCUGUCGGAGGAGGGGAGAACAUUCGUUUAGCAGCCAGUGACCUGACCAAAAGGAAUUUGAGUCAUCUCAAUCCAGAGACCCUGGGAAUUAUGAAGAAGUUAUCAGUUCGUCUUGCACAAGUAUGCAGCAGCACGAACACCCAAAGAUGAAAUUUCAGGGAUAAUUGACUUUUUUUGUAAAUCUGGAACAUCAAUUUUAGGACUACAACCUGAAUUCUUACUCUAUUCUUUUACCUUUCUGUUACACGGUGGAAGUUAGGAACAGAUUUUCAGCCUGUAAUAUAUAAUGUGAUUAGAAUAGGUUGACUUCUUUUUGUACAGAAAGAAGUACUUAAUUUCCUGUUUCAAGAUAGCUAGCUAUACCUUGGCCUUGGAUCCUCCAGAGUGUAUGAGAGACAAGUCAGGUGGAUACAGCUGCCCUGCAAUCUGCAGAAGAUCGAAGCAGUGGGAUCUGUUGGAUUACAGGUGUGAUUGACAAAAGUUUUAUCUGGUUUGGGAGCAAAAGCGGUGGAGCUGCUCAUUGCACUUAUUACCAGGCAAGUUUUCUGUUUAUUGAUGUCAUCAUUGCAAGGUGCUAAUUAGUUGUAUUCUAACAGCUGGAAUAUGAACCUCAAUUACAAAUAAUUAAUAGGGGGUGCUAAAAGAACAUUUUGUUGCAGACCAGCUAAUGAAGCUGCCAGGGGUGCUACGGGUACAACGAAUCCUUUGUUUUGUUUUUCUCACAGUAGCCACUGAACUUUCGAUCCUGCUCUCCAGUUUACAGUGAACAAUGUACUUGAAGUCUUUUAUUGUACAUCCUACCGUUGUUUUUAAAGAAAUGAAUACACUGGUGUGUUCUUAAACCCAUAA